CGGACAUCCGCAGCAUCUGUGCACUGCCACGCGUAGAGCAGUGAACGUGCUGAGAUCAGAUCUUGCUCUCGCUGGACUGAUCAACAGCACCAUUCGUUCAUCAUCGUCGAUGGCGAGUGAUUUCCGACGCUUCUGGAAGUGGAGGAGGCGCAGAUCCCCCAUCUGCUUCAUCCUGGUGUUCGUCUCAUUCCUGCAUCCGUAUCUCCGCUUGGCAUCAUCAUCCGGCCUCUUGACCAGCCGCACCCAUCCCCCGCCCUCCCCUCGCCGCCCACGGCCUUCAUGGGCACACUCAUGGCCACUGCGCAAGCUCAGCAGCCGACGCAAGCACGCCUGUCUAAGGCUGCCGACUGACGGCACUCACGGAAGGGUGACGGUGAUGAGUGCAUCGCGGCCCGACGGCACGUCGUUUAUAUCGAUGCGGAGCGGGGAGUCGUGGAGCCAGCAUCACCAGCAGCACCCGCAUUCACGCUCUGGUUGGUCACGGCUGGCCGGUUAUGUGGAGCUCAACCAUGCAUCGGAGGAGGGCCAUAGCCGCGGCCACAGCCACAGCCACAGCCACGGUCCCAUUAGCGUGCCCAUCCAUCCGCUGCCGCAAGCAGAAACCGCAGCCCAUGCCCACGUGUAUCUUCUUUCAUCCAGAUCUGAGAGUGCUCCUCUGGUUCGCCCAGGGCUUCGUGGGACGAAAGGUGCAUCUGCAACAGACCGUCUGAAGGAGGCCUAUUAUGGUGCUGAUGGGGAAGGCGAGAACACCGUGGUGUUGUGGGACAGCGCACUGGAGACCGUCACUGGAAGCGAGCGCCUGGUGCUGAGGCAAGAGGAGGAGCCGCCAGAAGAGGAGCCAGCCAAUGAGUCUCCGCCCGUCGAGAGCGAGGACAUGAUGACUCGCGUCAUCACCUUUUGCCGCACUCUUCUGCUCUUCCGGUGGGGAGACAAGGAGACGACUGUGACCGCAUCAGCUGAGGAAAGGGACGAGCAGCUGGCCUCGGUCGACGGCAAGACAGAGGAUGAUGUGUCAGAUGCUGGAUGGCCGCCGCAGAAUGCCACUGAGCCUGAUAGUGGUGGGCCUGCAGCAAUCGAUGACCAAGACGCUGAGUUGGGAGAGGGGGCUGCCAACGACACAAUGGCUGCUGAGAAGCAGGACGAGAUGCCAUCUGAGGAGCCUCCACCUAUACCCGAGAGCAGCGACACCCAGCCGGUCAUUCCUGAUGGCCUGAACGUCACACAGCAAGACGAGGGCGCCUCACAGGAAAAGCCAGCGACGCAACAGCCACAGGAAGAGAAGCCAACGCAGCCGACGGAACAGCCGGAGGCAGAACAAGACCCCCUCACCCAGGCGGCCAAGCGCUUCCAGGCCUUCCUCCGCGACCUAUUCGAGGAGCCCGAGUACAAUCCCAUCCCACUCCCCCCAACCCCGCCACCACGACGCAGGAGAGACGACAAAUCGGCCCCCUCUCAGCCACAAGACCAGCAGCAGCAGGAGGCACCAGCGGCCGAGAAGGAGGGUGAGCUGGUCGAGAGUGAGGAGGUGGCCAUAUCCAAUGCCAUUAUGGACUCGUGUCUGGAGCUGGGCGAGAGCGUCAGGAACGGCACCUUUGACAAUGCUGAGUGGGAGCUGCUGCACUCGGCAGACAUCUGCACGCUCUGGAGGCGACCUGUGCCAGGUACGCACAAUCCAUCCACACCACACAGAGGGCAACAGCACGCAAACACACGCCAUGCAAACGCACUUCUCUCCUCUCUGUCCGUCCAUCUCUCGUCUCCUAGGCACGUCUCUGUAUGAGUAUCUGGCCCGCGGUCGGUUCGACGACAUAUCGGUGAGCAUCUACAACCAGACCAUCAACGACCUCGACUUCCGCCAGACCUGGGACGGCAACAUCGCCGGUCUCAAAGUCAUCGACCAGACACCCGUCUACCACGUCCAGUACGGCACCCCCGACGCCGUAUCGGGUUUCGCAUCCAGCGAGGCCCAAACCAACGACACCGACCACCACAGCGAGCUGAGGAUCGUCGAGCACCAUCGGCUGAGGGGCAACAAUGCCAGCGACACCGCAGUGAGCCCCAGCCACCCUGCCAAGCCGCCAUCGGCGUUCCAGUCGCCUCCGAAGAUGUCGAAUGGGCAGCUGGGGAGAAACAACGGAGGAGACUCGGAGGGCGCUGCAGAAAGGGGGAAUGGAUCAGCAGGUCAGGGUGACUUGGAGAGGGGGAGCGAUAGCGGGCGGGAUGCCAGUGGCAGUGCGACCGUUGGCAAUGGGGGGUUGAAGCUGCCCAACGAUCUUGAGGAGGUGGUCUACUGGCGAUUCAAGCUGCCAUGGCCGCUGCAGGACAGAGAUUUCGUUUUCGCCAGGUCAGUCCAGUCAGUCGACCCACAUACAGAUAAGAACCACGCGCACAGAUGCAUCCAUCCCUUUGUUUGUUUGUGUGUCCGCCAGGCGCUUUCGUCUGUACUACGGUCGGGGUGCUUUUGUGUCGGUGCAGCAGGCUGUUGAGCAUCCCGAGGUGCCCGAGUACACCGACACGAUGCGCAUUCGCGAGUACCGCUCCCGACUGGUGCUCUUCGCCGCCAACCAGGAGGCAAAGGUGGACCGCCCUGGCAUGGAAUACGUACUCAUGCACUUCGACGAUCCUAGGUGAGUGAGGGCCACACAAACACACACACACAGAGAGAGAGAGAGAGAUGCAGUAAUUAAUGGUCAUGUGUGGUCGUGUCAGGUCCAAUCUGCCUCCGUGGGUGACGACCUAUCUGACUGCUAACGCUCUCCCAUCCACCAUGCAAACGCUCCACGAGACCGCGCGACAGCUCGUGACCAACACCGCCGCAAACAAGAUAUCACCCGCCGCCAAUGCUACUGGUGAUGCUGCUACUGCUGACGCUGACGAGGCGGCUGCCACACCGCCACCAGAAACCAGCGACACUUCAUCGAGCAACCAGACGAGCACACUGGAGACGACAUCCGCGCCAGAGCAGCAGCAGGAGGAGAAAGGGGGGCACACCAAUAAGACGGCAAGUGAGGAGCCUCGGCCAGAAGCGGCCCCUCCCACCAAUGUGACGUCGGAGGGAGGGGAGGGCGACUCGGAGAAGAAGGAAGACAGCAGUGGGAAGGAUGGAAAUCCAUUCCAGUCAUUCUGGUCGAACCUUCUGAAAGGGCAACAACAGAAAACCAAGGCCAACGGGCACGACAAGGGCAAAAACGAUCUUAGGGGACAGGAGGGCGAGAAGGAGGGAAAGAAGGAAGAUGAUGCGAAGAGAGAAGACGAGGAGCUGCCCGCGACGCUGCCGUCACGUCGCGCACGGCCAUUCUUGCCGCCCAAUCCAUAGGGGGAGUGAUGCACGC